UUACAACAUUGUUCUGGUAUAAAAAGUCCGCCCGCCGAAUUCGAAAUCAGAAGUCGAUUUGGUUUCGAUAUAACAACACUUACAAAAAAUAACAUAGCACAAUGAAACUUUUCGUUUUUGCUGCCAUCUUAGCUUAUGCUAGAGCAGGAGUUAUUAGCUCCUACGCAGCCGCCCCCGUAGCUUACCCAGCUGUACAUAGUUAUGCCGCACCAGCAGUUCAUAGCUAUGUUGCCCCAGCUGUUCAUAGCUACGCUGCUCCAACAAUCGCUAAAGUAGCUACAUAUGCUGCCCCAGCUCCAAUUACCUACGCCGCAAAAUCAUUCGCUCCCGUUGCUUACACCGCCCCAGUUGUUAAAACCGUAGCCCCAGCUGUAGCUGUUGCAAAAACCGUCGUCCAAGAAGAAUACGACCCCAACCCUCAAUACUCCUUUGGAUAUGACGUCCAGGAUGGUCUCACCGGAGAUUCAAAAAGCCAAACCGAAACUCGUAAUGGAGAUAUCGUCCAAGGAUCUUAUUCCUUAACCGAUCCCGAUGGCACAAGAAGAACUGUCGAUUACACCGCUGAUCCCAUCCAUGGAUUCAACGCCGUUGUACGCAAAGAACCCUUAGCCGUUGUUGCUAAAGUUGCAGCUCCAGUUGUUGCUAAAGUAGCCACCCCCUUAGCUUACACCGCCCCAAUCGCAAAAGUAGCUGCCCCAGUAACUUAUUAUCACUAAGAAUUCUGUGAAUUCAUUUUGAAUGUAUAUAUUUAUGAAUUGAAAUAAAUUGAGUAAUAUAAAAAUU